GUUAAUGCUGGGGUUCUGUGCCCUGCCCAGGUGGGGAUCCUCGGCCRCCGCAUGAGCGCGUCCUGGCCGGGCCAUGGCCUGGCCACCGGGGCUGCUGCUGUCCCUGUCCCUGUCCCUGCUGCUGCUGCUGCUGGCCGGCCACGCUCCGGCCACACGGAGCCGUGACUUCAGCGCCAAGGACAUCGUCUACCUCCACCCGUCCACCACACCGUAUCCUCAUGGAUUUAAGUGCUUUACUUGUGAAAAAGCCUCGGAUAACUACGAGUGCAACCGCUGGGCUCCGGACGUUUACUGUCCCCGAGGGACGAGGUACUGCUUCAGCCAGCACAUGAUGAAGGCCAGCGGGGAGAGYGUGUCGGUGACCAAACGCUGCGUGGCCCUGGAGGAGUGUCUGAGCACGGGCUGCACCUACAUCAGGCACGAGGAGUACAAGGUGUGCACCUCGUGCUGCGAGGGCAGCAUCUGCAACCUGCCCCUGCCGCGCAACGCCACGGACGCCGUGUUCUCCACGCUGUCCCCGCUCAACGGGGGGACACCGCCACUGUCCCCUCCCGGCCUGGGGACACCGCUGGGGCUGUGCCUGGGGCUGCUGGCACAGCGCUGGCUGGCGGCGACAGCCACGGGGACAGCGACAGCGACAGCGGCGGUGCCACCCUGGGAUGGCUGAGCCACCUCUGCGCGCAAUUCCCUCCGCGAGUUCGCAAUUCCGCGAGCGGAAUUCCCUCCUCCUUGGGGACAUCGCUGGGGCUGCUCACGGUGACAGCGACAGCGACAGCGACAGCAGCGGUGCCACCCUGGGAUGGCUGAGUGCCCCGAGAGGCGCAAUUCCCUCCGCGAGUUCGGAAUUCCAUGGGUGCUGUCCCCUCCUCCUUGGGGACAUCGCUGGGGCUGCUCACGGUGACAGCGACGGGGACAGCGACAGCGGCGGUGCCACCCUGGGAUGGCUGAGCCGUCUGAGAGGCGCAAUUCCCUCCGGAGUUCGGAAUUCCAUGGGUGCUGUCCCCUCCUCCUUGGGGACAUCGCUGGGGCUGCUCACGGUGACAGCGACAGCGACAGCGGCGGUGCCACCCUGGGACGGCUGAGCCGCCUCUGCGCGCAAUUCCCUCCGCGAAUUUGGAAUUCCGCGAGCGCGCUGUCCCCUCCUCCUUGGGGACAUCGCUGGGGCUGCUCAGGGUGACAGCGACAGCGACAGCUGAGCCACCCCCGGCACCCGCAUUUCCUCCUGGAAUUUGGAGAAUCCCGAGUUUGGGAUGGGGAUGCAGCCGAAGGGAGCGACAAUCCCGCGUCUCUCCUGGAAUUCCUGGAAAGAAUUCCCAGAAAGAAUUCCCAGAAAGAAUUCCCAGAAAGAAUUCCCAGAAAGAAUUCCCAGAAUCCUGCGCUAAGCACGGGAUUGUUUAGGCUGGAAUAACCUCUUAGGCUGGAGCAGCCGCAAAGCCCGGCCUAAUUUUGAUCAAAUCUGGAUUAUCUGGGUGAAGAAAUGGUGUCAAAGUGUCGCGUCACCGCUCACCCCUGGGGAGUGUCACUCCCCAGCUCAUUAACCCCGCCAGCUCAUUAACACGCGCUAAUUAACACAGAAUCUGCAGCAAUCCCGGGAUGGGGCAGGAAUUGGCAGCGAGGAAGCAGCGCUUGGAGGGGARGAGGCAGCGGAUCCAGCAGAAAACCGCUGGAAUUGAAAAACUGAAUCUGAAAAAUYCCCAAAAUCCUCAUUCCAGGAGGAUCUGAGAUCCACAUCCCUCAGCUGCGAGCAGGGAGGAGGAUGAAGAGCUGGUUUAGGGGGAAUAUUUCCAAUAUUUUCUCAUUUUAACCCCAAACCUCCCAAUCUGAGAGAGAAAAAACUGAUCCUGGAUAACUCCUGUUGUUUUAUUUUUAUGGGAUUUGGGCUGCUCCCAGCUCCAGCUGUGUUUGGGUGCCCGGAAAUCACGGAUGCAAUAUUUAUUUUUGUAUGUUGAGGAGGGUUUUAAAGCUUUGGAAACGCUUUAAACGCCGAUUUUGCCAGGAAAAAUGGACGAUUUGCAAGUCUGUACUAUAGAAAUUAUCAGAAAUAUAUAAAAAUAUAUACAGAAAUAUAUAAAAAUAGAUAUAAAAAUCUUUUACAUCACUUUUUAAGAAAGAAUCAACUUUGUUUUGCAAAGGCAGUAAUAAAAGCAGGGUGUCAUGGACUUGCUUUAAGCUGUUUUAUAAUUAAUUUUUUUUU